UAAAAAUCCUAAUAUCUGCAUAAGAACGAAUCCUGCACCAAUGGCGGGAGAGUACAAAUGUUGUGCUGCUGUACAACUGUUUAUGCACGUUGGCCCCACACAGUUCCCAUUGAAUCCAUUUCACGAGGCGCACUUAACCUUCAACAUGGCAAACAAAUAGGAGCUAGAGUAACACGUAAAUAUGAGCAGAGUGCCACUGAUGCUUUCAUAUUCAAUUACAGCUACGAGGCGUCCCCUGACCGACGAAGAACUCACUGAACUGGCUGAAACGCGUCCGAUCACAGUCCUCUUCGUCGGUGACCACAGCUACAGUACGAUAUCGAAGGAACAAUUCCUGAUAUAUGCACAAAGCCAGCUUAAUAUGAUGAAUGCAGCCUUUGCAGAAAAUAAGAUCAAGCUGAAGAUGAAAGUUUACGACACCUAUGUGAUGAAUGAGGAACAGGACAGGACCCACCUCCAGGAACUUCCUGGUAGACAGGUUCAGUCAAUUGACCCAUAUGUAGCCCAUGAGACACUUAAAACAAAAAUUGUUGAAUACCCUGGGAGCAACGAGUCCGACAUGGUCUUCGUAUUCACGAGGAAGGUGCUCAGGAACGCAACGAAUGAGGAGACGUAUUUAUAUUGGUACUACACAGGAAAAGGACCCUGUGGAGGACGCUUGGAGCCCAACAUCUUCUACGACGCUCCCUUUUCAUAUCAAGCUAUUGUACAAUCUAUGUGGGACACCACCCUGGUCAGGAUAGCGAAGGAGGAUGUAUGUGAUGUCGAACAUCUUGAACAGUGCUACCAACAUCUCAUCCCUGCAUAUAAGGAGGACUUGAAUAGAAGCCUAUGCCACACAACGACAGACACGAAAAACGCGCCUACAUUUUCAGGAGUAGUGGGAUUCCGCAUAGAUGAAUUCUGUAAGACGAGCGCUACUAUGUAUGGAAGGAGGCCGGGCAAAGUCUCUGUAGUGAGCCAAUCAUGUACCACGCAGUGUGGGAUUUCGGUGGGAUAUGACAUUAUACAUCACAUCAUCUUCCUUGGUCCAUGCAAGGCUCCGCAGACUUCCGGACAAGCAUGCUUCGACGACGACCAUGAGCUGUGCUUCUUCGAGCAAUGUGGAAGGAAAUACAGCGAGAUAAAGGCGCUGGCCCGUCGUAAUUGGAACCUACCAGACAGUCAUUACGACGAAGAUGCUGCCUGUGCAAAAUAUCCUUGAGGUGGCGUUCAUCUGCUCAAGAUUGCCUGGUCUUGUCGUGCACGUUACUUCGAUUCGACUAAGCGACUGCUGCCGCUGUCUUGUUUUCAAUAUUCCCUGCAUUGAGACACUGUUGCAGAACUGCUCAGAAUUGUGAACUAUGUGAUUCUAUAACACAUUGAUGCUCCUUUGCCACUUGUGUGUGUAAUUGUUGAAACUGUGCUACAAGAGCUAUAACGUGAGCUUGCGUAAAGUAGGAUGCAACUGGAAACAAGGCUGAUUGAGUGCCGUCAAAGUACUUUGUAAGUGUAGGUUAUCCGAAUGGUUUUAAAUUUGGUUUGCGGAUGCCAUCGCGAACGACGGCACAGAGAUAAGCACGACACAUUACUCAUUAUAAAUGCAGUAAUGGAAUGCCAAAUAGUUCCACUAUACCACCAUGCAAUAACACUUGUACACAUGGUACGGUUGAGUUAGGUUAAAGGGAGACUGCGCAGGGAUUCGAAAAAAAGAAAAACAGAAACGUGAGCGAACACGAAGCACCUCCUCUAUGCCGAAUACAACAAACCCAUUCGUUUUGCGCUGGUAGUUGGUAAAUGAUGACACUAGCACACCCAGACCGAAAUGGGAAGAGCAAAAGAAAAAAUAAUAGUUCCAUACUACGAUGGUUCGUCUGGAGCAGGAUACUAUAACGUCACCCACCAGCAUUGUCGUCCGCUUGCAAACCUUCGUUCUCCCAUGAUGACGUCUAUGCAAAGCAUUGCAGGCGUGUACCCCUGGAUUGAAGCCAGGCACGUGAUCUUUGACAGCACGCGAUUGCCGCACAUAAAGCGUUUUUUUUUUGUUUUUUUUUCAUAUGUGGCUAUUUUGGGUGUAGGGUUUUUUUCAAAGCAGCUUGCUUGUCCGGAUAGUGAGCUAUGUCAUUCGCCAGCAAGUAUUUGUACUCAAGCUGGGUGACACCCGGGGCUGUGACGCUACCUACUCCAUGUGCGCUGCCAAGAAAAGACACCGGAAAUUAACAGCACAUGUGAUCUCUCAGACGCGGUGGCCGCUCAUUUUUAUCAGUGGGGCCAUUUACAGCAAUCCAGCAAACAUGCACACUAUAUGCGUAGCAGAAGAAAGCGAAUAGGUGAUUUGCCUCGUGCACCUACUUCCAUCAAGGGACUGUGUCAGCAGACUGAAUGCGCUAGAUCGCGGUUUUACUAGUGGAUUAGUUUUGCGUGCCGAUAAGAGGUACCCUUCAUAAACGUAUUGAGUGGUUCA